UGGAAGCUGAAAAUGGCAUCAAAGAUAUCCGUGCAGAAGUCACGUUUUGCUCUUUUAAAGAUUGAAGAUAGCGAGGAAGGAGAUGCUUUGUCAAGCAAAGAAAUACAGAAAACGGCACAGCAACAAUCUGGCGGAAGUAGAAAGAAAAAUAAUAAGAAGAAGAGAGCAGAUGUACAGAGCGACAAUGCCGAGCUGAAACAUUUGGCAUUUGGUCAACCGGUAUCCAAACAGAAGCAAGGUGCAGGGUCGAAAAAAAACAAAGAAGACAGCAAGGAUCAAUGGGAAGAAUGGAAGAAACUGGAUACUGAGUUUACAGCUGAUGCGUUUGAGAAGGAUCUACAGCAGGCGCUAUUAUCCAGUAAGCUGGAAUAUGAACAACAGUCACAGGGCAAGAAAAAACAGCCUAUGAACGGAACUGUGAAAGCCAAUGGUGAUGAAAAAGAGGAAAAGAAGAAGAAAAACAAAAGCAAGCCAGUCCCGAUGACCCUCGAACAGUUUAAUCAGUUAGAAACCGCUCAAAUCAAAUCUCUCAACAGUGAUGAGGAAGAUGAGAGUCCUGCCCCUCCACCACCACCACAAACGAGGGUGCCUGACAAUCAGGCUGAUCCCAGGUUCUUUGAUAGAGUUCAGGCAGAUGUGGAUAGAAUUCUUACACAGGAAAAAAUGCAGGCUGAGUAUAAAAAGCAAUAUGCCAUGGAGAGCGUGAUAGUUCGGAAGUAUGAGAAUGAUGUAAGGAAGAAAGACAAAGAAAUCACCAUGUUGAGAGCCACAGUCAAAAAGUUAGAAGAAGAGUUGAAGCAAGUGAAGCAAAGGAAUAAACAGCUCUGUCAUAUUUUGGGACAAGGAGAAAUGAAAGACAAAGCAGAAGUUCUGCUGCAGAUAGAUGAGUUGUUACAGGUAAAGGACGAGCUCACUGAACAGGUGACAUUAUUGACUGCAGAUUUGGAAAAGGAAAGAUCUAAAGUACAUGGAUUGAAGUCAGAAUUGGACAGAAUGAAGGGAUCCAAGCAUGGAGGGAAGUGAGCUGUAAUAUGGAGCAGUAUUGAUGAUGCGUCACAGUUCCCUUUGAUGCAAUGCUGCGGGUUUUCCCUACAGAGUUGUCUAUUUUAGGAAGCAUCGGACUGACCCAAAUUAGACAAUUUUGGCAGGUCAAGAUAACUCUUAUGCAAGUGUUUUAACAGAGCAAAACAUACGUAUAGGAGAUUUAAAAGGUGUUAGAUGUCAGUAUCAUCAGGUAUUAUAUGCAUUGCGAUGACGUAUAUCUGACACUGAAACGCAAUGUUGCUUGCCUCGUUGGUCAUGUGUUUACAUAUUGUAUAUUAUGUUAAUGGUAAUAUGCAUACUUUGAAGUUGUUUCGCACAAUCAUUCCUGUAUCGCUUCGUCAGAUAAGUGAUACAUCUUGUCCGUUACUUCUCGCUAUGAUAUGGCGCAAUAUGACAUUCAGGCAAUAAUCAUUCAUUCACUCAUUCUUGCAUGACAGUUGUCUACACGUACUGGUUCACCAAUAGAUUUAUAUGAGUUUGGAUUAAUAACAAAAAAGAAAAUGUACAUUUUGCAUGAUUCAUUUGAAUGAUGUUAUAGUAGUUUUGAGACUUCUCAUCCAGUACAGACACGUUACGUAUGCUACUCCACAUGUAGCCUACAUCACUGCAUAUGUGUAUUUUCCUAAUUAACAUGAUUUGAUAUCAUAUAAGCCAUGGCUCCCAAGCAUUAUACAAGUUGCACUGUCUGAUCUAAGGUAUACUUGAGGUGUAUUAAAGGUGUAUGUGAGGUACUGUAAUUGUUCAGCCUUUUCGUGUGUUAGUAAGGUGCUUAUUUAAGCAUAUUCUGGUGGCAUUAUUCUGUGUAAACUGUUAAAAUUAUACAUUUUGCGAAGCCCUGAAUUUGGCCAAUCCAACCAAUGUAGUUUCGUCUCCAAAAUCAAAUUUAAAAUGUGCAUAAUUUGCACUGAAAGUUGCUCUCCUAUAUGCGAAAAGGUCGGGCAAUUAGGUACUACGAAUUAUGGAAAUUAAUACCUCAAGGACACGUACAGUAGACCGCAGUGGAGGUGAACCCUGGAAAGACUGGAUACAAACAGAAUGCCCGAGGUAUAGCUGACGUAUAUACUUCUAGUCAAGGUCGAUAUACCUACAUAUAAGUGUAACUCACAUUUAUAGAUAAAGUUGUAAGUUUGUAGGUGCAAUUCAUUGUUUAAAGUAUCUGUAGUAUCUGUAAAUCUCAGCGACAACAACAGUGAUAUUCAUUUACAUGACGCUUUCCAGCUGCUGGAUCAAAAUUUAGUGCGUCUCCUUUUCUCGAGCUUUGACACAGAUUCUGCCACAACGUAUAUCUUAAUUGUUUUCCUAUAGCCUGGAAUAUGCUCAUUGUUAGGGGCCGGCCAUCUUGGAAUAAUCAGGGGUAAAUAUAUUCUGCUCUGUGAGUGGUCAAUAUUUGCACACUUAAUUGAAAGUCAGUAUAGCAUGAGAUAAAAAGUUUUAUAUAUUUAGAAAUUCUUUAGUACAUUUGGCGAACGAUAUUUGAUUACCGUACCAUUGUCCAGUAUGGUAGGAUAUUCCAUUCCUGAUGCUCUGUGUAUAUAUUAUUUACUGUAAAUUACCGAAUUCAUGAUUUCAGUACUUCAUGUAGGCCUAUCAAGCUGAAGUUUUCAUUUGUGUGUCUCCUAAGGCUGAGCACUUUGUUAGCCUUGCUACCAUCUAAUUUUUUUUUUCACACUUUCUGAAAUGCACCUGGGGUAUACCUUCUUGGUGUUAAUAUUAUUAAAAGUUGCUGAGGUGAGUCUGAGGUACAUUAUUCCGUUUUCAAAGACUGUUCAAAGUUUCUGAUUUAUAUCUCGGGUAUAUGCAUAUGACUCUGGUUAAGUUGAGGUACAGUAGAACUCAGAUAAUAUAGAAGAGGUGCACACCUCAUCUCUGCCUAGAACUGAGGUGUACAUGAGGCGUACAUCCCAUAUACACAUCAGCUAUACCUCGUACCUUAUGUCUGCAAGGGUGUUGACAGAGUCAGUACUGGAUGAAUCGCAGGAUGUGUGGAGCACUGUCAGCGGCUGGUAAAUGGGAACAAAAUCAGCAAAAAUGAGCCAAUUAGUAGAUUCCUAUUAGUGUGCAGAAAUGCAUAGCAAUGGUUUCUUGGCAAAAUCUGUAUGUUAUAUCUAUAUCUAUGCCUCACACUGAGGUGUACUUGAGGCAUACACACCAUAUCCACCUCAUCUAUACCUUGCAUUGUGGUGUACAUCUCAGUGAGAGGCAUUUUGGCAGUUCAUAUAAGAUUCGGGGGGAGAGAGGCCUAAUGCUACAGAAAAAUAUACACAAAGAAAAAAAGUUUAGCAACCUGUAAAAUUCUACAGUGGUAUGAUUAGUGUUACGAGAUUACUGACAAACUGAUCUCACAAAAAAGAAGUUGACUUGAGCAAAUUUUCAAGUAUGGAAAAGAACGUUGUGAACAACAGAGAGAGAGCGAUCAAAAAGGGUAAUACUAAUCUUUAAGAAAUUAGUGUAGAAUCAAACAAUAAAUCACUUGAUUAUGUACAUUAAACAUAAUAUUUUCAAAUAAUGUAUAAAAGUGUGUGGUUAAUUUAUACACAGUUGAAGUCAAAAUGGUCAAGACCAGUGAGAUUUUGACAUUUUUGCUCCCACUCAGACCGGUUCGAUACUUAUUAAUAAACAAAGUUUCUUUAAUAUCUAUCAAAGCCGUGUUUUCAUCCUGAACUCUGUAAAAUGGAAAACUUAGGCGGUGUUAAAGAUAGAGGAAGAAAACAGGAAGUUGCCUUUUGAGCAGAUGCGAUGUCGGACUGUCGGAAAUAAACGCGAGGUGAAGGCCAUUAUCAGCACGUAUGGAGUCUUUUGCCCGUCAACUAUGUUUCAAAGUGACAUUUUUACCCCAACACAUACAUCUUAAUAUAACUCUAUGAACCCUGACACAUCAUUUUUUGCGAUUAUGUAACAAUCUGGUAAUUAAAUUUCAAUUUAAUGCGAUCGCUUCCUCUCCUGCUGUACAUUGGAAGAUCUGUCAGCAACCUACGGUAGUGGGUUUCGUCCGGUUUUUGCUCGGUUUCAUUCCACCAUAAUGCUGGCCGCAGUUGAAUAAGUGAAAUAUUCUUGAGAUACGGCGUAAAACAAUAACCAAAUAAAUAAAAUAAAUAAAUACUGGCAGAGUGUUGUCCUUACACAGUACAUUUGUUUCCGUGAGAUCAGUUUGUCAGUCACGAUGGGGGUGCUAGACUUGUAUACUUAUCGCUGAUAUCCCAUUUUAUCAAAAGACAAAAAGCAAAAACAUCAUGUUUUUGUCUUCAUUGGCUAUUCCUUUCAGAGGUUUGGUUUUUGCUAGUAUGUUAGACUGUGGUAAUGACACCAUUUUACAUGAUGUGCGAGCCUUUUUUAAUUAAAUUGUUCCAAUAGUUUCUUGAGACCAACAUCUAACAACUGCUUCUUGUUAGCUUCCUGUACAAAGUAAGGUGAGGUAUUGCGAGAGGAAAGAAAGUGAUAUUUUGGUGUCGCAGUUAAGGGUUGUCGGUUUCAAGGAUACUUGAAGAGGUACUCAAAAACGACGAUUGGCUUAAAGGGAAAUAGAGUUAGGCCAAAGCUGUGAUUUUAUUUUUUAUUAUUUUUUUCUUUGGUUUGUUUGGGGUUGUUUUUGCCAUACUAAAGCUUACAGCUCUGUGUAAGUACAUUAUUUGAUGAUGUUUAUGUUUUAAUCUGUCAAUUUUAAUAUUCUGUGAAACGAUGAAAUA